CCCUGAUGGCUAGAAUUCUCUCUCUCUCUAUCUAUUUCCAGCUCAGGUCUGGUUUUUUUUUUCCUUGGAUAUUGGAGGAACAUAUUUCUGUAGUUUUUUCUUAAAGGUUUUCUUGUUGGGUUAAGCUUGAAAUUGUUUUUCUUAUAGAUUGAGGGUUGUGUAUUUUUUUUUAUUUAAUUUUUUUUGGGGGGGAUUUUGAAAGCAAAAUGGAUGAAGAGUAUGCUAAGCUAAUCAGGAGAUUGAACCCACCAAGAGUUGUGAUUGACAAUGAUGCUUGUGAGGAAGCCACUGUUAUCCAGGUUGAUAGUGUUAACAAGCAUGGAAUACUCCUCAAAGUUGUACAAGUGCUUACGGAUAUGAACCUUGUGAUAACAAAAGCAUACAUAUCAUCUGACGGGGAUUGGUUUAUGGAUGUGUUUAAUGUGGUCGACCAAGAUGGGAAGAAAAUCAGAGAUAAGGAAGUUAUGGAUUAUAUUCAACGAAGACUUGAAAGCAAUGCGAGCUUUGCACCAUCGUUGAGAGGGUCUGUUGGGGUGAUGCCUUCUGAAGAGCAUACUGCAAUUGAGCUUACUGGUACUGACAGGCCUGGUUUAUUGUCUGAAGUAUGUGCGGUUCUCACAGACCUCCACUGCAAUGUGGUAAAUGCUGAGAUAUGGACUCAUAACACUAGGGCUGCUGCUGUAGUUCAUGUCACAGAUGAUUCCACAGGGUGUGCAAUUAAAGAUCCAAAACGACUCUCGACCAUCAGGGAAUUGCUUUGCAAUGUUCUCAAGGGAAAUGAUGAUUCGAAGACAGCAACUACGACUCUUUCACCCCCUGGGGUAACAAGUAGGGAAAGAAGAUUGCAUCAGAUAAUGUUUGCAGACAGGGACUAUGAAAGAGUUGAAAGAGCAGGAUUAGCGAGAUUUGAAGAUAAGAGUUCAAGGCCCCAUGUAACAGUGUUGAAUAUUGAGAGAGAUUACACCGUCGUUUCUAUGAGGUCAAAGGAUCGUCCCAAACUAUUGUUUGACAUUGUUUGCACUUUAACAGACAUGGAGUAUGUUGUCUUUCAUGGAAUGGUCAGCACAGGAAGAAUGGAAGCUUAUCAGGAAUUCUAUAUUCGACAUGUUGAUGGACUCCCUGUAAGCUCAGAUGCUGAGCGAGAACGUGUAGUACAGUGUCUUGAAGCUGCCAUUGAAAGGCGAGCUUCUGAGGGACUGGAGCUGGAAUUGUGCACAGAGGACCGUGUUGGACUCCUCUCAGACAUUACCAGGAUAUUCCGAGAAAACAGUUUGUGUAUUAAGAGAGCAGAAAUCUUGACAAAAGGUGGUAAAGCCAAAGAUACAUUCUAUGUCACGGACGUCACUGGUAACCCAGUCGACCCCAAGAUCAUCGAUUCAAUUUGUAGACAGAUUGGACAAACCAAGCUGCUAGUAAAACGCAACUCUAUUCUUUCCCCAAAGCCUCCCCAGGAAACAACAAUGGGAUACAUCUUUGGGAACCUCUUUAAAGCUCGAACAUUCAAGUUGAUUAGAUCCUACUCGUAAUUUCUUUGUCUAAAUUCUCAUGGGUAUAUAUCUGUGCAGAAUGAUUAGAUGUUCAAACCCACAAAAAAAAAAGGUACAGAGAGAUCAAGAAACAUUGUAAGGAGGCAUCUUCUGCCCUUUUUCCAGAGGGCUUAGUCAGUGUUCAUAUCAUUUGAUGAUAUACUUGUAAAGAAGUAGCUCAGAAACCACUAGUAUGAUGGAUGGAUGGUCCUUUGUAUAUACGUGUACAUUAUGUAAUAUGCAUUUGAUACUGUGAAUGGAUUGUACAGAAUCUGCGAGUUUGUGCAUAUAAUAGAAGAAAAUGGUGUGAAUAGAAGUUUGUGUA